AUGAGCUCCGCGAAGGAAUUUUUGUACGAGGAGACGUGCCGCGUGCCGAUUCUGAGCGACCCGUCGAAGACGCUGGCGCUCGUUUUGACCGUUCCGCCCGCCGUCCAUGCGGACCACUUCACCAACGACCUGGGUCCGGCAACAAACAGGCUCGCGGUGCUGUUGCACGGGCUGGGCUCGCACAAGAACUUCGGACGGCCGGACGAUCGACGAGGACGUGGAGGAUCUGGACAGCGUGGUGGAGUAUUUCCAGUCGGGCGGCCACCGGGGGACGAAGUUGGCGGUCGAGCUGAUCUGCGCGCACUCACGCGGCGUCGUGGUGAUGUUCAAUUGGACGUUGCAGCGGCAGCGGCUCGGCAAGCCGCUGGUGUACACUCUGAUCAAUUGUUGCGGCCGAUUUGA